UCGGCAAGGCCACAGCCAUGGCGCUGGCAAGGAGAAAGGCACGCGUCAUCCUGGCCUGCCGCAACAUGGACAAGGCCAAGCGUGCCGCCCAGGAGAUAUUGGACAGCACGGGCCAGUCGGUGGUCGUCAAGCAGCUAGACCUCGCCUCGUUCAAAUCGGUGAACCACUUCUGCGAUGACAUUCUGAAGACGGGAGUCGCGACUCGACGUGCUCGUCAACAACGCUGGCAUCGUCACAGACUCCAAAGCGGUUAGGCUGACUGAAGACGGCUACGAACUGUGUUACCAGUCAAAUUACCUCAGUCACUACUUGUUAACAAUAAGGCUCCUCGG